AUGGAACAUUGUCUGUUGCGUGUUCUAGAGUUCCAGACAUCCUAUUCCAGAAUGCUGUGUUCCAGAGGCAUGCUCCAGCAGUGGAGUCUAGCUGUGUUCCUGCUGUGCUCCUCUGUCCCUCUCUACGGGAGACCCAUCGAUGCUCUCACUAACAGAAUGAGGAGGUCAGUGAGCCACGCCCAGCUGAUGCACGAUAAGGGCCGUUCCCUGCAUGAGUUCAAGAGACGCCACUGGAUCCAGGAACUACUAGACCAAGUCCACACGUCCGACAGCGAGCGAGCCCCGGCUCCCCAGAGCAGGACCAAUGCCAAUGAGUGUCACAGCACCUUCAGCGGAAGCGCCCUAUCCCCCCCCAAACCCUCUGGAGGGACCAAGAACCUCCCCCUGAGCUUCCGGCUGAGAGGGGAGGGGAGCAACCUCCCGCAGGAGACCAACAAAUCUGUGGCCUACAAACACGAACCUCUGAAGGUAAUCACCAAGAGGAAAAAAAAGGUGAAGGGGGAGAGAGGGAGACGGAAGGAAAGCGAGAAGAGGAGGCGGAGGGCUCGCUCUGUAGUCACAAGUCUUACGACACAAAGAGAGGAGUUACAGAGGACACAAGACACUGGGUGACAAACAUACUUCAUGAUGUAGCCUUUGGGUGGCGCUGCGCUAAGGACUCUGACUGACAAAGAUUCCAGCAUCACUGACUGAGACUCAGCCAAAUGUCUCAGACUCGAAACAACUGGUCUCUCCAUACCAUGGCCAUUGGUCUUCGCUUGUAUUGUUUUAAUCUGCUGCUUUUUCCUUGUGCCUUGAUAUACAGUAAUAUGUUGCUACUUUUAUUAUAACACAUAACUUCUGUAUACAUAUUUAUUAGGUAAAUAAUAUGGAGAUCAUCAGCAAUGUUAAAUGCAUCUUUAACUCAUCCCUAGUUAGAUAACAAUGUAAGAUAUGUGCCCUUCAGGAGCAAUUUACUGUAUCUCCCCAAUACCCUUUAAAUCAACUUCAAUCAGAUGUCCAUGUGUAAAGUAGAACAUAGGCAACACAGUAAAUGCUACGCAUAAAAUAUUUAUUGUCUGUACAUAUUUAAAUUCACAAAAUGAGGGAGGAUCAUUCUUUUUUUUACUGCCCGGUAGCUUUUUUAGAUAGUCGAUAUUGUGAAUAUAUAAUUUCUUAUCUGUAGUUAGUAUUAUUAGAUCCAUAACAAAUGUUUUUACCAUAAUUUAUUUCCUUUGAACUGUGUAUUUAUUUUGUGAAUGUAUUACCGUGCUGCUGAUUUUUUGAUAUUUUAUAAUAACAUAAAAUGCACUUUAGAUAUAAUGAUGAUAUCCAUAUGUUUUGUUAAGUUACAUUGUUAUAAGUGUUCUCAUUUGUGGUUGAUUUUAAUUAAGAAAGAAAAUGUUCCUUUGUUGAUAAACCCUUUAUUUUUAUUUUCUUCUUGGUUUCUAAUAUUACCCAAUCAUCUCAUUGACUAGUAAGUUAUUGGAUCGUCCAUCAAAUUCGCUCUAGUUUUAAAAUAAACAUUUUUUAUAAAAAUAAGCCAGAGUUGAAACUGUUGGUAUGAUUGCAGACUUGUUAAGAUUCAUGUCAUGUUUAGCCUUUGCACUGAGAGCACAAUCAUUAAAAAAAUUAUUAAUAAUAA